AUGGCUUUUUUUUCGCGAAAGCGUGAGAGUGUAGAGCAGACUGGUUCUGAGAGGCGGAAACGAGUGAGAUGCGAGGGGGUGGUGAAUGAUGUGGGAGAUGCUGAGGAAGAUGGGAUGGGGGGUCGAGUGGCCUUGUCUUGUGAGCGGCGUGGUGGGAUUCAGACAUGUGCCGAAGAAGUUGAGCGAGUUUGUAGGCAUGAUGAGAUGGUAUUGACAGGAGAUACCGACGGCGCGAGCGAUCUGGCGUUCAACCCACCAGAAACCCUCCAAAAGACCCCCAGCACAGGGACGAAGCGACCCAGUGCUCAACUCGAGACUGACGAUACAAGCGACCUCCAACUAAAAGCAAACUCCCGAGCGAUCUACGACGCCAAUAAAACCGAAAUCAAUACGUGGUACGACAAAGACCACACCAAGAAACUUGGCAUCCCGCAGCACGGCAAGCCCAAACACAGCGCCGCGCCAUGGUACCAGAAGCUCCUGGUGUGGCAAAAAGCCCACGGGCACGUCGUCGCCUCGCCGCGCAAGAAGCGCAAACUCAACACCGGCAGCAGCCAGGCCAUCGAUGCCCAGACGUUGUCAGUCAAGUGUCGACAACGGCGACGUCUCCCAGGCGAUUCUGUCCCCGUUCCAGAACCGCCCUUCGUUGCGCUCUCCGACUUUGAAACCAUGCCAAACGGCAACUAUGCGUGCGGGCACGUGUAUCGCAAUCCGCCGCUGGAAUGCUGCGAGACGGGGCUGAGUAUGCAUGCGAAGAAGGAGGCGAUCAAGAAGAGCAAAGAAACCUGGAAGAAGCAGGUUGAGAGGCUGAUUGAUGGGGGGAAGUUGGAUCCCGGGCAUAAGGAGUGGGAGGGCUGGGUGUGUGAGGGGUUGAGGGAGAAGAAUCAGCCGGUGCUUUUUGCGAGGCAGAAGGAGGCGAGGGAGAAGAGGGCUAGAGAGAGGGAAGGGUGGAAGCGGGGGAUGAUUGAAGGUGGGGAGGUUGUGCGAAAGAGAAGUCGACAGUCGCUGCAGCGGCCAGACGUGUGCCAUUCUCCCGCUUGUCCAGCUUCGAACGAUGCCCCUCAGUCACCCAUUGACUACCAUCGUCCGCAACCGAUACCAGCGUUCCAGCGUCAGAGUAUCUCCAACGACAUCGCAGCCAUCCAGACCUCCUUCCUGGCCAAGCUAGUACGGACCAACCCGCGCCAACUACGCCAGCACGACGUGUUCUAUCGCCAUGCGCAGUAUCGUGAAUCGCUCAAAGAAAGCCCAGACUUUGGGUUGCUAAAGAAGUGGUACCUGGCGUACUUCCUGAAAGACAAAGAGCAGCCGCUGAGCGCUGAGCAGCGGGAACUGUUGGAAAAGGAGGAUCCAAGCUAUGUGGGUAGGAAGCGGGUUGGCAUUGGUCCGGCUUUGGCUGCUGUAGACUCGUUUUUUGGUGAGUACUUGGCUCAGAAGGCGAGCAUGCCGACGUUGCGAGCGGGUUCAUUAACGCCAGCUGCUGCAUCAGACUUCCAAGAUGCUCCCCCAGCACCAUCAUCUGCACGAAGAGAAGCCUUCAAGCCACAAGAUCCUGAGAUGAUAGAAAGCGGGCUUGGUCGCAUUCGAACUUCAGGUGGUGUGUUUCAGAAGCACGUCGGAUUCGCGGUGAGCGACCCCGUGUCGCAGAAGCUUACGCAAACUCGGUCUGAGGCGUAUUAUCUGAGCUCACUGCCGCAGUCAAUCGCCACUGGCAACGAAGUCGUGGAUGCAGAGAUGCGGAACAUGCUCCUGUAUGCUUACCAGGCAGAUCUGCCACCGCAGUUUUCGCUUGGAGCCAAGGCAGCUUCAACGUCGUGUCGUUGA